AUGGCCCCGCCCCUCCUCGAGGCAUCACGGCCCCUCUGCGCCUGGCCCCAGGCACUACGCCUUCACCUCCGCGCCUUCUCUGGUAUGCCCCCCAAAGCCAUUCUUCGAUUAAAAAAAAAAAUACCUUCCCUUUAUUGUCCCGCCCUUUCCGUGGCCUCGGCCCCGGCUCAGGUACGGCUGCUCAAGUCUCCCCUUGUUGCGUGGCUCCUCCAUCCGGGACCUUCCGGCAGCACGAGCGCGGAGAGGGCACGGGAUGGGGCAGGAGGCCCUGGUGCUGAGCGCGGCGGGCGGCUUCGGGCGGGCCCGGCGCCCGCUGGCCGCCGUCUCGACCGGCCUGCGCUGCUCCGGACGAGUGUGCUGCGCGUCGGGCCCGCGCGCCCCUGGAGCCCCUGCCUGCUGCUGAGCUACCCGGAGCCCGGCGCCCUGAACCCAGGAGGGGCCCUCGCGCCCAACGGCACGCGGCCCAGCACGCGCGGCUGGGAGCACGCGCUGCCCAUCGCAGGUCUGCUGCGCAGCCCAGUCACCCAGGUGACAGGUGGCCUGUGUUCCCUUCAGUGGGACCUUGUGGGCGAGAAUGGCUGGAAGGUGCCUCUAGAGCAGACAGGCCACCUGCAGGGCUGGCUGCUGGGCUCUAUCCUCCUGGGCAUGGGCUGUGACCAGUUUGGCCACCGGGCUGUGUUUGUAGGCUCACCGGUGCUGGCCACAGUCCUGGGUGCCAGCAAGGCCCUGGCCACCAGCUUCCCUGUCCUCCUAGCCCUGCGGCUGCUGCAUGAAGGAGCCCUGGUGGGGGCCUUCCUGGCACUCUGUGUAGCCCGGCUGGAGCUAUGUGACCCCCCACACCGCCUGGUAUUCUCCGUGGGCGCUGGCCUCUUCUCAGUGGUAGGCACCCUGCUGCUGCCCAGCCUAGCUGUGCUAGCUCAGGACUGGCGCCUUCUGCAGGGGCUGAGCAUCCUGGUGACCGGCAUCUUGCUGCUCCUUUAGGGGUAAGUUCCCAGCCCUGUUCCGGAGUCUCCCUGCUGGCUGCUGGCUGCAGGGCAGCCUGCCCAAGCCAGGAAGAUCCUUUGGCACUUUGCGGAGGUCAGUGGCGUGGCCCCUGAGGAUAGCUCCCCAGAAGAGGACUCCCUGGCUACAGAGCUGGACCUGCUGUCUGCGGGGAGCUACCAGCCCCAGUACUACUCGGUCCUCGAGCUCCUGCACAACCAGGUCACCUGGAGAAACUGCCUCAUCCUGGGCUUCAGUUCGCUGAUAAGUGGGGGCAUCUGUGCCAGCUUCCUCCAUGGCCUGGUCCCCCAGGAGCCAUCCUUCUACUUGUCCUACUUCCUGGCUGCUGGCAUGGAUGCGGCAGCUGUUGUUAUCUUGCUCCUGACUGUAGAUCGCUGGGGUUGCCACCCUGUCCUGUUGCUGGGCACCCUGGCCACCAGCCUGGCAUCCCUCCUGCUCCUCUCUGGGGCCCAGUACCUGCCCUGCUGGACCACGCUGUUGCUCUCUGUCCUGGGACUCCUGGCCUCCCAGGCUGUGUCCACUCUCAGCAACCUUUUUGCCACAGAGGUCUUCCCCACUGUCAUCAGGGUGGCUGGCCUGGGCCUGGUGCUGGGUGCUGGGUUCCUGGGCCAGGCAGCCGCACCUCUAGCCGAUACGCACGCCCGGCACAGCUUCUUCCUCCAGCUCGUCGUCUUUGCCACCUUUUCGGUCCUUGCCCUGCUCUGCGUCCUGCUGCUGCCUGAGAGCCAUGGCGGUAGGCUGCCCCAGACGCUGCAGGAUGCAGAGGGCUUCCUCUGCAGCCCACUCUUCCAGGACUGCCACCCCUGCUGCCAGGACCACCUGCCUCUGCCACAGCCCUCCAGCCUGCACUAGGCUGACCGUGCCCCCCAGAUGCCCUAUUCCUGCCUGGUGGUCCCUUCGAGCCAGGAGGAGGGGGACAGCUGCCGGGGCCCUGGGCACAGCUGAGUGUCUGGAUGC